AUGGCCCAUAUGACUGAACGAUGCGCGAGCCUGGAAGAUGUCAACGAUUCCAACCUCUACAUUGAACAGCUCAAGUCAACAACGAGCUUCAACAUCAUCGAACUUGAUCGAUGCAAAGAAGAGAUAUGCGGCGCCAUCUGGGGCGAUGCCAACCCCGAUAUCUCAGGAAUAGGGGUUUCUAUCGGUUACGCCGUCGAACUAGCCCUGGGCUUCGUCCUAGCCUCCCUCGUAUUGAUGAUACGCCAAAGACACGGUCCAAGAGCAGAGUUCUUCCAACUUGUUCUCAAAGCCGGCUUCGACGCCUUCUUCGAGUUCGCAAUUUACUUUGCCAUUGCCAUCGAAAUCGCAGCGGUAGUCAUGCUCGUCAACAAGGACUUUGGCAUAUCCACAGCCGGCUUCGGCGCCAAUGAAGCCCAAAUCGCCCUCGCCGUCUCCGUCGUCUGCAUUCUCCCGCUUCUGUACCCCAUCGCCCUUUCACCCCUGGACCUGUUCCAUCCAGAGAGCGAAAGACAGGCGCAGCAGAACAGCAGAAAAUUGCAACAGCGCCAGAGACGACAACGGGACUUCAGCCUGGUGCUCUUCGCCCUUGUCUGCGUCUUGUUCUUCUACCCGUUCCUGUCGCAGUGCAUACACAACUGGGCACCGCUCCGCGUAGGCGAGGGCAAUGGCGGCGAUGGGAAAACAUACCUCACAGAGGAGGAGUGGGAGAGGAUCCGGGACAUGUGCUUUGGCAAGGUCAACAACUUCACCGUCAGUGAGCAUUGGGCCCUCGCCGUAUGCGAGAUCAUCGCCUCGUUACUCAUCUUCUUAUUCAUGUUGUGGCAUGCCAUGGAGCUUGGCAUCCGCAGGAUCGCGGGCGUGGGCGAGUCAGAGUCUGGUCCAGGCUCUGCUCUGCUGCUGUUCGUCCCGCUUUUCUUCGGUUGCGCACUUCUUUGGUGCAUCUUCCGUCUGAGGAGCAUUCAGGCAGCGGCGGCGAGCAACAUGGGGAGUGAGUAUGCUGGGAACGACUGGGGGUUUGGGCAGAUUGUUGGCAUCAUCAUCUUUGCUCCUGUUCCUACGGAGAUGCUAUUUGCGGCGUGGGAGGCACGGUCUCUUGUUUUGACGAGUGAUUACGACAGCGUGAGUAGUCGCAGCUAG